AUGUCAAACGGCCGCUCGACCUCUCCCAUCUCCGUUCCUGCGCCCGCACACCAACGACGGGCCUCUUUGGCUUCGGGGCUUUCCUUUUCGGAUUACUACUCCCGACCAGGAGGGAAUUCAGCUACCCAACCUAGUUCUGUGACUAGCGCGGCUGCCAACGCACAGUCGAACCAGCGACGGCGGCUGUCCAUCACUACCCUGGGACUUUCCGGUUCCCCCACCCAGACGUCUCCCUUUGGAGGCAGGACCUUGCACCGUGGCAGCGUGUCCAGCUCCGUUGGGUCUACCCCUGCAACUAUCGAGGAUUCGGUCGUGGAAGAUCCAGAUGGCGCCCCUUCCAAUGCCACCCCGAAUACACCUUUUGCCCGGCGCAUGUCAUUUGGCGCGCAGGCGCUGCGUGAUGCAAGAAGUGGAAGCUUAAGCAAUGGUAGAUACCCCCCUCCUGGGUCUUCUUCUGGGAUGGGAGGCCGCCGAACCUCAUCGUCGGUCGGCCCUUCCACCCACAGUCCCACUAAAUCUACUUCUGCAAGUACAAAUACAGUCUUCCCCCAAAACGAAAGAUCUAACGUGUCGUGGCGACAAUUAGGCGAAGGCUUCAACUGGUCUGAAGCUCUUCGGUCCCGGGCAGAGCGUGCCCCAUCACUUGGGUCCGUUUCCCCCAAUACACCACAAAGCCAGAAUGCGGCUGGUGCCAGUCAGCAAAGUUACCAUCAACGUGCUGCCUCCAUCGCUUCGAUGGAGCAACCGACUCGGGAAAUGCCCAAGCAGCCCAAGCAGAAUAAGCCUGAUUUCUUCCAGGAGAAGAUCCUGAGAGGAGACUUUAUGGAUUAA